UAUUUACUACUUCAGUCUAUCCAAAUCUCUGACCAUGACUUUCAAGCCCCCGUACCUGAGGAUUCACCCUUUACUUUGCAUAACAUCCCAUUUGGUGUUAUUUCAACCGAUUCUGACCCGAAAAGACGCUGCGCUACAGCCCUUGGACAUUAUGCAGUUGAUCUAUCUUUGCUGUGGAAAGAUAAGAAGGAUGAUGGCCUCGAGCUUACCCAAAGUUUAUACGACAUUUUCAGCCAAAUUAAUCCAUCCUUGCAGCCUUCACUUAAUUCUUUUGCAGCUCUAAGCUCCAAAACAAGGUCCAAAGUGAGAGAAAUCUUAAUCCACGAUUUAUCAGUUGGAAGUGUACCAGAGGAAUCUUUUAUUCCCCUGAGCGAAGUUCAUAUGCACCUCCCGAUGAAGAUUUGGGGGUACUCAGACUUCUUUUGUUCGCUGGAACAUGCCCGGAAUUGUGCUCCCUUGACUGGCGGAGAGGUCUCGCGAAAUUUCUUUUAUGCCCCUUCCGUCUACAAUGGAAGAGCUUCGAGCGUCGUACCGUCCCCGCACCCUAUACGACGACCUAAAGGUGUUAAAUACGACUCUGAUGCUGAUCAGCCGGUCUAUGGGCCAUCGGCGAAAAUGGACUAUGAGCUGGAGAUGGGAUACUUUGUUUCGACGCCCAUUCCUUUGGGAGAGACCAUCAACGCUGACAAUGCAUCGGAGCACAUUUUUGGAUUUGUUCUUUUGAAUGAUUGGUCUAGUCGAGACAUUCAGGCAUUUGAGAUGGCUCCGUUGGGGCCUUUUCAUUCCAAAGGAUUUGGAACCAGUAUAUCCCCUUGGAUUGUCACUCUGGAUGCACUCAAACCAUUUGCCUGUCAGCCUGCACAUGAUCAUUCUACUACUGAAUUCGAUCAUCAACGUUACGCGAAACGCACAACAGCUACAUUUGAUAUAAAGCUAAGUGCUUCGCUCAUCAGUAAGCAAUAUAAUUCGGGCAACCUGCGCUCUCUGUACUGGACCCCAUAUCAGCAAAUCGCACAUCACGCAUCCGCGGGUUGUGGUUUGGAAACAGGGGACAUGAUGGGCACAGGGACGAUAUCCGGGCAGGACGAAGGCGAACUGGGAUGCCUUUUUGAAGCAACUAUGAAUGGUAGUCGUCCACUUGAAUAUCCUAAUGGCACUAAAGUCAAGUAUUUGGAUGAUGGGGAUGAGAUCGUCUUGGAAGCCUGGUGUGACAAUGGUACAAGGCGUAUCGGUUUUGGUGAAUGUCGAGGAAGCAUACUGCCGUCGUCAUAA